GGCGUCGUGGCGUUGGGCGCCUGGGACGUGGCGUCAACGGCCCCAUCCGGCGCCGGCGGCGGGUGCCCGGCGGUCUUUGCUGCCGCCCGGGGGCGCAGAGGCCGGGCCUUUUCUUUCAGCACAAACGUCAGUUUGUAAAAGGGUGGGGCUGGAGUCUGAGGAGUUUUCAGGCUUCCGUCUCGAAGGAAGUCUGGCAGGCUCGGAAUUGUCAUCUUCCUCAGGCAAAUAGUUUUUCACCUUAGAGCCAGCAAGGCCAAACCGUCCAGUCACCCGACUUCCCACAGUCUCAGCAGGGAGGAAUAAGUUUUUUUCAUCUGUAAUUUGGAAGCCAAGUCAGUAACAAAAUGAAACCAGUAAAGCAUCUGUUGACCACCAGUAACAAAUCGGCAAAUGUUCCAGCAUUAACUACUAAAAAAGGACUACAUAAUUUACCAUUAUCACCUGAACUAAAGGAAAAACAUAAUGCAAAAUUAAUUCAUGAUAAAAUUGAACCAAUGGUCCUAAGAUCUCCACCAACAGGAGAAUCCAUUUUACGGUAUGCUUUGCCCAUUCCAUCGAGUAAGACAAAGAACUUACUACCAGAAGAUGAAAUGAUCGGAAAAAUCAUCAAACAUCUGAAGAUGGUUGUUUCCACUUUGGAAGAAACCUAUGGACAUUGCGAUCAGAAUGGAGAAGAACCAUUUGUAAAGCAUGAACAUGAAGAAUUAUCUUUAUCUGUUGGGGAUGAUAUGAAUUCAUUCUUGACAUAUUGUUCGCAAUUUGCAGCUCAGCUAGAAGAAGCACUUAAAGAAGAACAAAAUAUUUUGGAAUCUCUUUUUAAGUGGUUUCAGUGGCAGGUCAAUCAGAUGGAAGAAAUAAGUAAAGAUCAAACUCUCUUACAAGCAGAGCCUCCAAAACCUGACAAAACAGUCAUUUUAAAUAUUGCAGAAAUAGUAAGGCUUGUACAAAGAUUUGAAGAACUGAAGAAUCGCCUUAAACAGAGGUCUAAAUCCUCCAUGAAAGUCAUGUUGUCUAAAACUAUGGAUAAAGAAAAUCGACCAGAAGCAAUGAAAAGUUGUGAAGCUCUGGCACAGAAAAUUGAAGAAUUCAUAGAAGCCCACUCAACUGAUGAAUUUAAAGAUGUUUCUGCAACAGAACCACAAACUGCUCAUUCAAUGACUAAUCGAUUUAAUGCCAUGUUGAAAGUAUUUGAAAACCAGGCAAAUAUGUUGGAGAGAGCUGUAAAUGAUCAAGUUUUGUUAGAUGCUGAAUACAAACAGAUGCAACGUGAUUUUCAGUUGUUGUCAGAAGAGAAGUUGGUGCUGGAAAAUGAACUACAAAAGUUGAAGGACAAAGAGAAAACUAAGCCUACAAAUAAUCGAACAAAGAAAGCUGUGAAAACAGUGAAGAAAAAAGACAAAGGAAAAUCUGAGGAUUCAGAAAAGAAGAUGUCUCCAGAAAAAGAGUUUAAAAUAAAAGAAGAUUUGGAUCAAGUACAGAAAGUAGCACGUCUGGAAAUUGAGAACAAAGUCCUUCAGGAGCAAUUGAAACAGGCUUUACAGGAAGCUGAAAAAGCUAAGCAUCAACUUAACUAUUUCCUAAAUCAAGAGAAGAAGUUACUUAAAAGUGAGGGGAAAACUGAGACAACAAUGCGAGUGGGUAAUAGUCAAACAAAAGUUAAAGGUGAAGGUUCAAAAAAUAUACCAUUGGAGAAAGAAACAAGAAAAUCACUGGUUUCAUAUUCAGGUGGACAAAGGACAAGUGAUAAAAUCCAAGAAUAUCCACAGAUCACUGCCCAAAGCGGAAGACUGAUUGAAAAGAGCUCAGAGAAGAAACGAUCUAGCCCUGCUAUUUCAGAUCUUUCACAGAUCCUUAAGUCUCAAGAUGAAUCAGCAUUUUUAGAGAGUUCAAAUGAAGUUUCAGUUGCUGAAAACCAAUCCUAUAAAUCUCCAUCAGAGACCCAUGAUAAAUCACUUACAACAGUAUCAUCCAGCAAAGAAGUUCAAGAUUCACUGUCUGUUGGAACAUUGGCUCAAAAAAAUGAAACAGUGAUAUCACCAUUCAUUUUACCUCCUGUUCUUACAGAAAGUAAAAAGGCUGAUGUUUCAGAAGAACAAUUACAAAAGAUGACUGAAGAACAAACUUACCAAGCAGCAGAAAAAUCUCAAGGCAGUACAAGAAACAUGGUGCCGGCAUCUGCUUCUGGCGAGGGCCUCAGGGAGCUUCUACUCGUGCAGGAAGGUGAAAUGGGAGCAGAUAUGUCACACGCUGACAGUGAAGUUCCGGAUGAAAAUCUUAUGGUUGAAAAUAAAGAUUCAGUAACAAAAGUCCAAAUAGAACAAAUGAAACAAAGAACUUCUAGUAUGGAAAGACAUGAGGAGACUCUUACAACCCCACAAUUGCCUGAGGACAUGGUUUUAGUUUCAGGAAUUCAAUCUGAAACUAAAAAUCUUAAAGCUACCAGAAAUGAGAGUUUUCAUUCUCAUAAUGAUGUACCAGAAGAAAAUCUUAUGCUUGAACAAGACACAAAGUCAAAAACGGAAGUAGAAGUAAAGAAACAAAAAUCUUUCCAAGAUAAUCAACUCAAUACUCAUAAUGAAGUACCAAAUGAAAGGCUUGUAGUUGAGCAUCAAGAAUCAUUGUCAAAAACCAAAUUACAAGUAAAGAAACAAGAAACUUCUACAGAGCAACCACUCACCACUCCUGAUAAAGAACCAAAUGAAAAUCUUAUACUUAGGCAUCAAGACUCAAUGUCAAAAUCAGAAAUGCAAGUGAAGGAACAAAGAACUCUCAAAGGGCAAAGAAUUAUUACUCAUGAUGAAGAACCAGGCAAAAAUCUUGUGCUUGAACAUCAAGAUUCAGUGUCAAAACUGGAAAUGCAAAUUGAAAAAACCAAAAAACUUCCUAGAGAGAAAAGACAUAGUACUCAUGAUGAAGAAUCAGGUGAAAAUCCUAUGCUUAAACAUCAAGAUUCAGUGUCAAAAAUCCAAGUGCAAUUAGAGAUUCAAGAAACUUCUGAAGGAGAAGGACGUAGCAUACCAGAUAAAAAUUCUAUGUUUGUUCAUCAAGAUUCAGUGUCAAAACUCCAGAUGCAAGAAAAGAAAAAAAUAACUCCUGGAAGGGAAAGGCGUAAUACUCGUAUUGUAGUACCAAAUGAAAAUGUGAUUUCUGUUCAUCAAGAUUCAAAGUCAAAACUCCAAAUGCAAGAAAAGAAACAAAUAAAUUCUGGAGUGGAAAGACACAAGACGUUUCCUUUAGAAAUCCAAAAAAAGGAUAUAUCACUUGAACAUCUGUUGCCUGAGGAGAAAGUUUUAUUAUCAAGAAGCGAAUCUCAAACCAAGAAACUUCAAGCUAAAGUAACUUCAAGAAAAAUUAAAAAUGAAGCAGCCUCAGAACUUCCAGAUACAGCAGAAAAUCUUCCAGCAGUGUACCCAUCAAUUAGCGACCUAAUAAUUCAAUUUGAUUUAAACAAAGUGGUCGAGACUGAUAUAGAAAGCUUGAGAGGUGCUUUGGGAAGACGCUUAUUAAAUGAUGAAUUCAAGACACAAUCAAAGAGUUUCCCUGGGCCUGAUAUAGAACAAUUGACAGAUGCAUUUGGAAGAGAUAUACUAAAGGAUGAAUUCAAGACACGAUCAAAGAGUCUCCCUGAGACUGAUGAACGAUUGCAUAGUACAACUGAGAGAGGUACAAUAAAUGAUGCAAUUAAGACGCAGUUAAAGAGAAAGAGUUACCCUGAGACUGAUAAGGAACACUUAGCAGAUGAUACUGGAAGAGGUAUAAUAAAGGGAUCAAUCAAUGCACAACUAAAGGGUCACCAAAAGACUGAUAAGAACUUCUUUGCCUAUGCUACUGGAAGAGGUCUAAUGAAGGAGUCAACCACGACACAAUUAAAAAGGCACCCAGAGACUGAUAAGGAAUUCUUGGCAGAUGCUAUUGGAAGAGGUAUAAUAAUAGGGCCAAUCACUAUACAACUGAAGAGUCACCGAGAGACUGAUAAAGAACUCUUAAAAGAUGCUAUUGGAAGAGAUAUAAUAAAGGGACCAAUCAGUGCACAAUUAAAGAGUCACCAGGAGACUGAUGUAGAACCCUUGACAAAUGCCAUUGGUUCAAGUAAAACAAUUGGUGAGAUAAAGACACAACUAAGGACUCACUAUGAUGUGAACUUAUUUAAAAACAAAGAUAUGUCCGUACAACGUCAAGAAGGUAUCUUUACUAGGAGAAUUACACCAAGUAAAUUCCCAACAAAAGUGAUCAAUUUAUCACCCUUUGAAAAUAAAGAGGAAACUUAUGAGUACUCUUCACCCUAUGUGACUGCACCUUCAAAAGCAAUUUAUAGAACAUAUAGGGCUGGUCCAAGCUUUUCUAAAGACAUCCACCUUCCUUUACUGAAUCAACUCCCUUCAGGGCAUUCGAAAGUUGUUACCUUAAGCCAAAAAACUAUUGAAUUUACUCUGCCUACUGUGACCAAUACAAUUGGAAAACCUACCUAUAAAGGCUUUGGUAUCAGGAUGAUGCUGGCCUCAUAAAAUGAGUUACGGAGGAUUCUCUCUUUUUCUAUUGAUUGGAGUAGUUUCAGAAGGAAUGGUACCAGUUCCUCCUUGUACCUCUGGUAGAAUUCGGCUGUGAAUCCAUCUGGUCCUGGACUUUUUUUGGUUGUGUUACAUGCUGCUGCCCGAAAAUCUGUACCACACCCAUACUUUUGAGAAUGAAGGAAAUUCUGAGCAAGAUAAGCAACAUGACAAAUUCAGAAAUGCAGGAAAGGAAAUUGCAAGUAUAGAAGCCUUUUGAAAAUAAUACUGACUCGUGUGGAUGGUGCUUCUUGAAAAACAGCUGGAAAUACAGUGGAUCAACAGGGUAGGCCCAGAUCACAGAAGGCCUGACCAGGCAGUGAAUGUGUCUUUACCAUAUGGAACAAUUUUGAACUUCUAAGAUCAAGCCUUUUUGUUGCUGAGGGUAAGAAAGGAGCUCUGUGAUGAGGUUCCAGCUUACUUCUAUUUGCCAGUGUCCCUGUAGUGCUUUCUGGUGUGAUGUAAAAUCAAUUAAACAAAACUUGUGCUCUGCA